CUUCACGUAACUUCGCAGACCCAGUCAAUCAAAUAUUAUUAACUCGUUUGAAAACGAAAGCAACCAAAGCCACAUGUUUUUCUUUUUGAUUUCAUCACUGUGUAUUUCAUUCUCAGCUACCGCUCACAUUCCAACUAAUCCCUCACAGUGCUUCUGUUUUUCUUCUUCGACCCAAAAAAAAAAAAAAAUGUCUGAUCACAACCCUUAUCCCAAUUUCAACAUCCUUAGCACUGAUGUUUCUGAACGAAUUCUGUCACUACUUCCAAUCCCAAAUCUAAUUCGUGCCUCUUCUGUGUGUAAAUCUUGGCACUCCAUCAUCUCCACUCCUUCUUUCUCCUCUCUGACGCGUGCCCUCCAAAAUCGGCACCCUUGGUUCUUUCUAUUCGGACUUCACAACACUAACUCCAAAAAAAAUCAGUCUUUUGCUUUUGAUCCUGUUUCAAAUUCCUGGUUUCAGCUCCCUGCAACUCAGGAAUCUCCCGGUGGCUGCUUUAUUGGUGCUAAUGGCUACUUUUUUACUACCACUCCAAGAUUCAGUUACUGUAAGAUUUUGAAGAUGUUUUGGCGUGUUACUGCCCCGCUUAGUUUUUCUAGGAUUAAUCCUCUUGUGGGUGUUUUUUAUGAUGAAGAAUCAUGUAAUUCUGCUUCUGGGCUUGAGGCUGACAUGCCUAAGUUUAUUGUUGUGGGUGGCGUGAGGUUCAUCGGUGGGUUGGUUGAUAUUGAGGACAGACUGGCUGUGGAGAUUUAUGAUCCCAAUUCGGAUUCUUGGGAGUUAUUUCCGCCUUUGCCGGCGGAUUUCCCCUCAGGAAAUUCAAGUCAGAACUUGUCUUCUGCAUUAUUUAAAGGGAGAUUCUAUGUAUUUGGUAUCUAUUCGUGUUUUAUUUCGUCUUUUGAUUUGAAAAAUCAUGUUUGGAGUGAGGUGCAAACGCUAAGGCCUCCUGGGGUUAUUUUUUCCUUCUUGAUUGCCUGUCAAGAUAUGCUUGUUUUGGCUGGAAUGUGCAAUGCGCCCCAUGGACCCUCCUUUAAUCUGUGGAAGAUUGAUCAGAACAGUAUGGAGUUCAGUGAGAUUGCAAUUAUGCCUCAUAAUUUUCUUUACGGUUUAGUUGAUAGCGAGGAGGAUGAUAAAUUUGCAAGCUUGAAAUGUGUGGGGCUUGGCAAUCUUAUAUACGUGUUCAAUGAGGAGUAUCAUAAGAAGUAUCCAGCUUGUGUUUGUGAAAUUGAUAGCCAGUCGGGUAAGUGUAGCUGGAAGAGGGUGCCUCAAUUGCCAUCUCCUGUUAAUAAGUUUCAUAAGGUCAUCAGCUUUUGCUCAAUGGUUUCACUCCAUGACAUUCUCAGCCAUGAGGAGGAAGACAUUGGUCAUGUCGAAGUUAUAUCCGACUGAUAAUUCAUCUAUUUGCACAAACUGUUGAUACCGCUUGGUAGAGGUGGUCAUUAGACUGUCUUAGUGGCCCAUUUGCAGGAUUAAACCACCAUGCAAAGAGACAUUAGAACCUCCUUUGAUGCUAAGUUACUGCCUUGUAUUUAUGAUCAAAACAUUCAUAAGGAUUAUCUUAGAGUUGCCUCUGAUGAUAUCUUUUUCAGUGUUGAGUCGAGGCUUCUUUCUCCCACAGUUUAUGGGUUGGCCCUUUUGCUCUGUUAACGCUAGUGAAGACAAGUUGAGUGUACUCUGCUUCUUCCCUUUUGUAUUUUGGUGAAGAAAAGAAAAUAUUCUUAUACUGUUGUUAUGGUAGUGCCAGCCAUUUUCAAUUUCCAUUUUCCAG